AUGGCAAAGUCGUUAUUAAAAGUGGAAAAAAAAAUUUCCAAGAGUAAGAAGUCGUUGCAUCCAAAGGGAAGAAAAGCCCAACACCUUGCACGUGCUUCUUUGCGUGAGGAAAGAGUCAACAAGAAGAAACUCAUACAUACCAUGAGAAAGUCCGAAGAGAAUUUAAUUGUUGAUUUUUUCCAGGAAUACGUCAAAGCAGCCAAAGAGGAGGAAUCGUUUGAUUUGGGUACGAUGAAAAGUCUCAUUGAAUCGUUCAUUGACAGAGAUCACGACGAAUUAGAACAGUUGAGGAGUGCCAGAAGACCUGGAAGACCGACUACAAAGAAACAAGAUUUGCUUGAGUUCAGGCUGAAGCAAGAAACACACGUUUAUGAGACGGGGUGGAAGGUUCCCGACCUUAGAGAUGCGGAAAAUGUACAGAAAUUAAGAGCCUGGGGUGGUGGACAUGGCGGUUUGACAUCUAUAAAGUUCAUUCUCGUUAAAAAGCACGAAAGUGAAACUGGUGACGUUGAAAUGUCAUGA